AUGGGUCGUCGCUCCCAGCCCCCGGAGAAAUCCAUCCUCUUGACUCGUCCAACGAACGGCUUCUACGGACUCUACGCGGCGAUAUUGGAGGGCAACAUCAUUCUUAUGCUGGCAGCUUUCAUGUCCAUCCUUGCCGAAUUCCUGCCGAUUCUCUUCGCAAACGUGCCAUACAACCUGACGCAGACUCUGAAAUCCCACAAUGUCUGCGCGACCAUCAGCCUUACGAUUCUUGCGCUCAUGUUGGCCUCCAUGGUGGCAAGCCUAUUCAUCAAAUGGCCCGAGCUGCCAGUCGAUCCGCGCAGUAUCGCCGGAGCCUUGUACUACGUCGCAGAGAGUCGGAUGCUAGAGGAUUUCGAGGGACUUUCAAAGCUGGACUCUGAAGAGAGGGAGAAGAAAGUCAAGGAGCUUGGGCGGAGGUACUUCUAUGGAGGCCUCACGGGCAGUAAUGGUAAAAGAAUGGGCGUUGAGUCUGUUGAGAGCGUUGAGGACACAGCAUAUACCGGUGGUCACUGGUUCUUACCUCCACAAGAAGACCAACAGGGUGAUGAAGACAAUCGAGGAGAGACGGUGCAGGAAUCUGAGGUACCUCGUCAAACCGAGCAGACUUUGCAUUUGGAAACAAGGCAGGAGGUUAAUCAAGAGGAUGACGUCGAUCGAGGACCCGUGCUACCAGACCCGCACGGCCUCUAG